AUGGUUGACCAUGUCUUGAAAUCACAUAGGGGCAAUCGGAUAAAAAAGUUCAAGUUGCGCAUGCCCGGAGGUGGCAAUUUUGAGAAUUGGUUCGAGUUUGCCAUAACUAAGAAAGCUGAAAUAAUUCAUUUAGGUGGUGUGGGUAAUUUUGAUUAUGAAGGUCUAUUUCUUAGACUUCCAAAUAAGAACAAUGGAUUUGAUUGCCUUAAAAAUUUGUAUCUAUCUCACUCUAAAAUGACUGAUCAUGACUUUGAGCUUCUUAUUUCCAAUUGCCUUGUUCUUGAAUGUUUGGCAAUUGUGUUAUGCAUCAAGUUGAAGAAUGUCUCAAUUGUUGGCCACUCAAAAUUGAAGCAUUUAAACUUAUCUUUCCUUUGGGGGAUUGGAUCCAUUAUGAUUCGUGAUGCGAUUAACUUGCUUUCCUUGACGUGCUGUGAAUGGAGAAUUGGAUGUAGCGUGCAACUUAGUAAUAUUCCGAAACUUUCCAAACUCGAUGUCAGAGAUAAUAUUCGUAACAAAGUGACGCAUGUUCAGUUACUUGAUGGAAUGCCAUCUUGCGUACGCGACCAACUCCAGCUAUUGCGCCUCUCGUCUAAGGCUGUUUCUAUGUAUGAGUUGAAUCUUGAGUUGUUGAAAAAUUCGUCGCUUCAACUUGUGAACAUAAAACAUCUAGAGUUAGUGCUCGAUAUGUCAAAUGAUCCUAACUGGUAUUAUUUUCCACGCUAUGCCUGCCGUUUGGUUGAAGCAUGUCGUUCUUUACAAAAACUAGUGAUAAAGUUUCUACACACGCCGACGUUAAUCCUGACGGAAUUCGAGACAGAAACAUAUGGUCAUCCGGGUUGUGACUUGUCUCAAAAGUAUUUGGAAAUCUCAGGAUAUUCGGGUUCUUCAUCUGAACGAGAAUUGACUUUGUACGUCUUCAGUAAUGCUACAGCUCUUCAAAAAUUGACCGUUGUGGCCUGUGAUGAAGAGGCAUUAUCUCGUGCACGCCUUGAUUUUGAACAUAUUAAUUCAGUUAGUUUCUUUAGUUAUUAA